AGAGGCUUAUUUUCUCUCUUUUCCAUAGCGUGUCUGUCGAAGUUUCCUCGAAAUAUGAUCCUUCCAACCCCUCCAAGUUACCUCCUUAAAAAAAACAAAAAACAAAAAAAUACAGUCAUCUAUAUAUAGGCUAUAGCAGUUGUUAAAUCUCUUCACAUACUUUUCUGACGAACUCUCACAUAUUUAUAUUAGUUUCUACAAGCCUUUGUUCAUAUAUUUUUCCAUUCUGGUGUAAUUUGGAGGCAUAAAUCCUAUCUACUGACUCCAAGGUUCGACAAAGAAUAUUUUUUACAUCGGUUUUUGAAGUUCCGAGCAGGGAAUAUUGUAAAUCAACAGAUCAUUUCAUUGAGUAAUUGCGUCAAUGGCAAGAUUUCUUUUGACCAUUUCAAGAUUUUACACUUCGACUAGAAACCUCCCUGUCAAUCCAUGUAGUAUGUUUCGAACUUUUUCUGGCUCCAACUCUAUAUUAAAUAAGAAUCCAGGCCUUUUCUUGAGUAGGCAGAGCUUGGGAUACCGGUAUCUCAGCAACUUUUCUGGAAUGGACAAGGAAAACAGCAAUAAAAGAAAUUUUGUUGUCUACAACAGUGUUCCUGGAGCUCCAUUGCCCUCUCAGCCUCCUUCAAAUUCCUUGAGAAAGUGGAUUCUGGGAAUUGUAGUUGCAAUAUUUUUACCCUUUGCGACCAACAAAUGGGGACCAUUGUUGAUAUUCAAAAGUGAAGUUGAUACGGCCAUGGAGACAAUAGAACAGAUAACAGAAGUUGUAGAAAAGACGGCCGAGGUGGUGGAUAAAGUGGCGGAGAACAUUGCUGAUCACCUUCCGGAAGGAGGAAAAUUUAGGAAAACAGUUGAUUUUAUUGAAAAUGUGGCUGAAACAACAGCUAAGGAUGCUCAUUUAGUUGAAGAUAUCAUUGAUAAGGUUCAGGGAGUUGAAGAAGAUGUGGAGUCCAUUGUUGAAUCUCUCAAUGGUGAAGCCGACAAGCCUUCCAGAGAAAUUAAGGAUAAAAAAUGAUUAUCGAAAUUGUAAAAUAAUGUGAAGGGCGAAAAGUGUAUAAUAUAAAUAUUUCUUAUUGUUUUUAGUUAAAUUAACUUUAUAGUUUGGGAGGGAGUUGGGGUUCUUGAAUUUAUCAUUUUAUCAAUUUUGUAUUAAUAUUUUUGCAGGAACUGCAAUAUUGUAAUGUUGAAUACAAAUUUCCAUAUAAUAAUUAAUGUAGAA